GUCUGGACUUCCUCAGGAAGCGGGAAGAACCUGUCACUCAACCUGACGUGCUGCCAGCCUGUGCUGCUGUUCUCAAUGGCACCUGGCAUGCUGAUUGCCACAGCCUGUCGAUCGAAGAUUGCGCCAAGCACUACACGGAUUGGGGCCUGUUUUACAAGAUUCAGUGUGGCGUGUCCUCGUCGAGUUUGUCUUGCAUGGCAAUUGGAGUCAAGUGUGAUGAGAAGCAGGAGGUAGAGAUGACAUGGUUCAAAGGUGCCAAUGGCCAGGUGUGCAACAGCGUGUGCGCGGACAACGGCUUUCCAGAUGGCUGCGACAAGGAGAAAAUGGCGGAGCUGACAACAAAUGAGAAAGUGGCGGCUGCAUUCAAGAUGGCUGGCUACACCUGCAGAAGUUUCCACGGGGCCCGCAAUUAUGCCGGAACUCCCUUUUCUAAGGCCACUCCCAAUGACGAUUGUGCACCAUGGACGGCUGGCACGCCUGCCAGCAGCAUCAACUGCAAUGCCAACAGUUACGGUCACCAUGCUCCCUUGUGCGCCUGCAAAGCUGCAGAAGAGGUGACCGAGCAGGCGGUCAUUGUUGGAAACUGGUUCAAAGCAAAGAUGGGCCAAGCUUGCAAUUCAGUUUGCAAAAGCAACGGUUUCAGCACUUGCGACAAGAAAAAAAUGGCGGAGCUGACAACAAAUGAGAAAGUAGCAGCUGCUUUCAAGGAGACUGGCUACACUUGCAAAAGCUUCCAUCCGCCACGGAAUUAUGCAGGCGCUCCCUUCUCUUGUGCCCGUGACAAUGAUGAUUGUGCGCCGUUCACGCCUGGAACGCCUGCUAGCAACAUCAACUGCGAUGGCACCAGGUACGGCAACAUUGCUCCGCUGUGUGCCUGCAAGUGA